UUAUCAUUAUCCUGUCUCAAGCUCUGAACAUAUCCUCUGCGCCUAGCCAGCCGUAGUUGUUGAGGCUUCGACUGAGUCAUGAGCAAACGAGCCACGAUCAAGUAUCGUUCGCUUCGCUCAAAUCUGGUUCAUCUGCCCCUAUCACUCUAUGCUACCCUGGCACAACAACAAGUGAGACCUCAAGGUAUCAUUCUUCACCUGUCACCUAUCGCUUCUUCUUCGUCUAGCAGUGGCAGGAGACCGCAAGAAGGGUAUCUGGGAUGGUCUGGACUCGCCUCAGCCAGUUCACUCAGUAGUGGGUUAGCGGGUAUAGGGAAUGCAGGUGCAGGAGGGCGAGAGGGGUCCAUAGGGACAAUCGAGGUGGACCCAGAGGUGGCAAUGGAUCUAGGCUGGGCAGAAGGGACUACAGUCGAAAUCUCCAUCAUAAAUCGACCAACGAAAGCCAAAUCCGUCUCGGUCACGCCUCUGUCUUCGGACGAUUGGGAAAUCCUUGAGGAGCACGCUUCAUUUCUUGAAAACCACCUCUUGGGUCAACUUCGAGCAGCUCGUCCGAAACAAGAAGUUAACGUGUGGGUUCUGGGUAACACUAAGAUUCGCAUACGUAUAGACGAAACUAGCCCUUCAGGGAAGGACUCCGCAGUGGUCAUUGGACCAGACACAGAGAUCUACGUUGCACCUCGACCGCGCAAGAAGGAACCAAAUUCUCCAGACCAUCCAAGGACAGUUAUCGAACCCGAAAGAGCGGCCGAUUCUGGUAACACCAGGGAUGGUAAAGGCAAGAGGCCCGGCGCAGGACCGAGUGUCAGAUUACGACACAUACCUUCCAAUGUUGCAGGCGGUUGGGGUACGCCCGAAUGGGAGGUAAAUAGCAUACCUGGAGGAGCCAAAUCGCAAAAUCUAGCCUUUGCCUCAGUGAACACGAUCUUACGCGUACGUCAGAGAUUACAAUGCGGGGGGAAGGGCUUCUUGUACAUCAAUGUGAAAAGCUGGGCGGAUGCAAAGGACAAGAGCGUCAUCAGGGAGGCGAAUUCAGACGAUGUGGCGAACACGAACCAAUCAGAGGAGGAAGAUGGAGUGGAGUUAUACCUAUUACCAUGGGACGAGGUCCCGGACGGGCAUGUCGUGACCACAGCUACUCCAGUCGCAGCUUGGACCUCAUGGUCGUGGCUCAGAGUCAGAAAGACAGUGAAUUCCCCGUCCUCCUCCCGAAGAAAGGCAGAUACCUCUUAUAAUGCGGACUUUAGUCUUGCGAACGAGCCUCUGGCGCCACUCAUCGGAUAUGACACGAUCAUCAACACCGCAACAAGGUACCUAUGCCGCGCUUUCCAUUCUAGCUCUCCACGUCCUCUCCUGGUAACUGGUGCGAAAGGUUCCGGAAAGACAAGCCUGGUCAGAUACUUGGCCCGAGCACUUUCUUCUGAUCGUGACAUCUUGGCUGAGCCCAUCUACCAUGAUGUGACCACGCUAGACUUGGAUGGUCGAACGUCAGAGCUGAAAGACAAAUUAAUCCAAAUAUUCGAGGAUGCCACACGUCGUAGGCCAGUCUUGUUGGUAUUUGACGGACUGGAUCAUCUUUUACAUCCGCAGAAUGAACUAAAUUCCUCGACCACCUCUGCGUCGUUGACAGACACGUUUUGCCGCUUGUUCGCAACUGCUCAAAUUCCGCGAGGGCUGCUCGUCGUUGCGACGGCAUCCAAUAAGAGCGCGAUCCAUCCACUAUUGAACUCAAAGCAUAUCUUUGGGCAGGAAGUCAGAAUACCGCCUUUAGAUAAGGCGAGACGUGAGCAGAUACUCCGUGGGAGCGUCGCCGCUCGAAGACUGGCCAUUGGUGCGAGCGCUGUACCAGCCACCGCAAACUCAGAGGAGCUGGAUUUUGUGGGCUUGUCUGGCGAGACUGAAGGAUAUUCACCCGCAGAUCUCAAAGACCUGAUUGAUUUGGCCGUACAGCAGUCUAUUAUUCGAAGUCUGUCAGACGAUCAAAAGGACAAUCUCACCCAGGAUGAUUUCGCCGCAUCACUGCAAAAUUUCUCACCGAGCAGUUUGAAAGGGGUCAAAUUGCAGCAGUCUACCGUUUCUUGGUCGGACAUUGGAGGCUUGGCGGGGCCAAGGCGUGUUCUUCGGGAGACUUUGGAAUGGCCUACCAAAUACGCGCAAAUCUUUCAAAAUUGUCCAUUACGACUGAGAUCAGGUCUCCUGCUGUACGGGUACCCUGGAUGCGGCAAGACUCUCCUCGCGUCCGCCGUAGCAAAGGAAUGCGGCCUCAAUUUCAUCUCUGUCAAAGGCCCAGAAGUACUUAACAAGUAUAUUGGCGCGAGCGAGAAAGCCAUUCGCGACCUGUUUGAGAGGGCAUCUGGAGCCAAGCCUUGUAUCUUGUUCUUCGAUGAAUUCGAUUCGAUCGCGCCAAAGCGAGGACAUGACUCGACGGGAGUUACGGACAGAGUAGUUAAUCAGCUGUUGACUGAGAUGGAUGGCGCUCAAGGUCUUGAAGGGGUCUAUGUGCUCGCAGCCACCAGUCGUCCUGAUUUGAUUGACCCUGCACUGCUCCGACCAGGGAGAUUAGACAAAGCCGUCCUUUGUGACAUGCCAAGCUACGCAGAUAGACUCGAGAUUAUCAGGACUGUUGCUCGGAAAAUGGACAUCGUACAGACUGUCGAUCUUGAACUGAUUGCACAUGAUACGGAAGGGUUCUCCGGUGCUGAUCUUCAAGCCAUCAUGUACAAUGCGCAUCUUGAGGUGGUACAGUCGUCUGUCCGCGACUUGGAACGGUCAGAGAUUAACGAAGACCAUACCGAAAUCAGAAGGAAGGGGAAAGGCAAAGGAAAGGCGAAUGGCCAUGUGCCCAAGCCCGAACCCAAUGCAAAAAGAGGUUGGAAACAGAUUGCCCCGCUGGAUGCAGAGCACGAUUCUGACGCGGCACGUCGACUCGAUGAACUGGUUUCUCGUCUAUCGGCAUCACAGUCCAGAACCGAAGAGAACGAUCUGUCAACAGUCCCAAAGCUCGUGAUUGAGCAACAACACCUCCUCCACUCGUUGGUGUCCACGAGACCGUCCGUAUCGGCCGCAGACUAUCAUCGCCUGUCCAACAUCUACAGGUCAUUCCUCGGAGGUCGCGAUGGGAUGAUGGGUAACGGUGAUCAUGGCAGGGAGACAGGCACGCGCGUGUCACUGAUGUAGGCCGUUAGCGAUCACAUGU